CUUUUCUACUCUUGAAUCUGGUCCUUCGCCAAACCAUUCUCCAUUACCACCGUAUUCCGUCGGCAUCUAUAACUCCAUCUCUAACUGUAGGCACAUCCGGAUAUUCGAAUGCCGGCGGUAUCGCUGGAGGAGUUGUCGGGGGCGUGCUUCGCCUGGGUGGUAUUUCUAUCGUCUUCCUUUGCUUAAAAUGAAGGAGUAAGAGACGUGCAAAUAUGCUUGAACCUACACCCUUUCUUGCCGCAGUUAUGCCACCUUCUGAUGUCGACAUACCACAGAUAGUUAGAGAAAAAGAACAACUUAAACUUCAGUUGGAGGCGUAUCUGGCACAAGCAUCCCAUCGUUCAAGCUCUAGAACUACCGUUCAUGAUGGUACCAAUGAAGGAAAUCCAGACGAUGACGCUGUCCAGGCCCUUCGUUACCAGAUGGAAGCUCUAACACGGAGAACGGCGACUUUGGAGGAAGGAAUGGCACCGCCAGAUUACAAGUGCAUAAGAAAGACUAGCUUCCGUGGGCCUAUACGUACAUUAACUUUAGAUUCCGGAAAGGCCACAUCCUGCAUGCGCCGGCGCACAUAGCGUAGGCACGCCCGUACCGUGCAUCGGGUCCUUCAGUAUUCUCCGGGGUAAAAGAAGGAUUUAAAUCCCCAAUAAUAAUAAAUCCAUGUCAAACUUGAAAAACUUUGCAAUUCAAUACUAUGAUACCCGAACAUUCCUCCACUCAGGCUAU